CGCCUGAAGGCCAGACCGCUUUUCCCGACAUGCAUUGCCCGGGACAAGGCAAGUCCGCCAAGCGCGGGGCUGUAGUGGCCUUCCCGGAGUCCUUUGCGCGGCACCUGGCGACAAAAUGGCUGCCCGAGGGAGACGGGCGGAGCCUCCGGGCCGGGAAACGCCGGGCCCCGCGGGUGGCGGCGGCGGCGGCGGAAACCGAUGGGCAGAGUCCGGGCCCGGGACGUCGCCUGAGAGCGGGGACGAGGAGGUGUCGGGGGCAGGUUCGAGCCCAGUGUCGGGCGGCGUAAACUUGUUCGCCAACGACGGCAGCUUCCUGGAGCUGUUCAAGCGGAAGAUGGAGGAGGAGCAGCGGCAGCGACAGGAGGAGCCGCCCCCGGGCCCGCCGCGACCCGACCAGCCGGCCGCCGCCGCGGGCCCCGGGGAUCCGAAGAGGAAGGGCGGCCCCGGCCCCACGCUCAGCUUCGUGGGCAAGCGCAGAGGCGGGAACAAGCUAGCUCUCAAGACGGGAAUAGUAGCCAAGAAGCAGAAGACGGAGGAUGAGGUAUUAACAAGUAAAGGUGACGCAUGGGCCAAGUACAUGGCAGAAGUGAAAAAGUACAAAGCCCACCAGUGUGGUGACGAUGAUAAAACGCGGCCCCUGGUGAAAUGACCCCUCCCACACCCGCCUGCCCAUGGCCUCGGACUCUGCGAUGUACAUAACUAUUUAAUGCAGUGGCAGCGGCGGCAGCCUUUUUCCCCCCCGAGGACUUAUACACAGAAGGAAACCGAGAUGCUUCCUGCAGCCGCGGACGAUUCUCCAGGACUCUUUUUUUACCUUGAGCACUUGAUAGAACAGUGGUUUACUGUCCCCUCUCUUCCCACCUCCAACCUCUCUUUGGCUUUCUCUGUCUCCCUCUUCUCCCACCCUCCCUUUCUUCCCCUUAGUCAUCACUUCUGGGAAGUAAAGAACUUGAUUUAGUGC